AUGGUGUUAACUGGGAUAUCAGCAAGACUGACUUAUGAUGGUCAAGUUGAGCAGCCCCCAACUGGGGUUGGGGACACUGCCUUCUUCAAGAACACUGACUACAAUGCUAAUGGAAGAACUUACUGGAUAACAAAAAAUACUUUUGACUUACCAACCACUUCAUAUCCAAAUGUUGGUGUGACCAUUGAUACAUUCAAUGUGCCCCAGUUCAUCAGGUAUGCAGAUACUCCCUUGGUCUAUGAAAUGCCUUUCUACUGCCAGGCUGGGUGUCCAAUGGCCCCUCCUGCACCACCAUCAGGAGCAACUAUGACCAGCCCACCAGAUGAAUACCAUGGUUAUGGAACCACUUACGGCUUUGCGCACAACUCUGUCAGAGCAGUGUACAAAUGUCCUGCUGGAUCUGUAUUCUCUGGCUUUAACACUGAAACAUUCAUAUCAGAAUGUGUUGGAAAGCAAGGGUGGGUGCCAAAUGUGGUACCCAGUUGUGAGUUCCCCACUACCCAGGCACCAAACACAAAUGACUGCCCCAGUCCUCCAGUGCCACCUUUGGGGAUGUCUGUGAGUACCUCUGGAGGGUCUUCUCCAGCUGCACCUUUUGUGUCUGGCUUGACAAGCCAGCAGUAUAAGAUGUACAAUGGAACUGCAGUUAAUGUGACAGAGCUACAUGAUCCAUUGUCACCACCAAGCACGCCUUUUAAUGCAUCCCAAAGUUGUCUGGUUUUGUAUGACUCAAUGAAAGAUGGAAAUUGGUUUGCCACUGAGGACAUUUGCACUGGGGCUGCAAACUGGAUGAGUCCAUCCCCAUUCAUUUGCCAAGCAGUUGAAGCAUCAGAAUAUACAACUUUGACUGAUAGAAGGUUAUACAGGGUGAAGUCCACUGAUCCAACAAAGCAUUCAGCCAGGAACAUAACAACUAUGAAUGACUUUUGUUAUGCCCACCGGUGUGGAGUCCUGGCAGAGUUGAGGUCACCAUCUGAAAUAAUUUCAGCUACUGUCUUAUUGGAUGGGAUUUAUCCAUUGGAUGUCCCUCCAAGUGGGAUUGGAAGUAGUCAGAGAGUCAUGAUUUCCCCUUCAAAAAGAUCUGUUUACACAAGUGCAGCAAAUGUCAGUGCUUCUCACCUCCUCUAUGAUGGAGUGACUGCUUUGAAUCUUGGCACUGCCAAUGGUUCUGGGGACUGUGUUUUGCUUGAAAAGGGUGUUUCAGGAUGGGUUUACAAAAAAACAGAAUGUUUCCCUGCAACUGUUUCAGAGCCAGAACGCUUGCCAUUCCUUUGCCAAGCAGUGACUACAGAAGAGCCAACCACAGAAUACACCACUGAUCCUCCAUCAACAACCCCAGCCUGGCCUGGAAGUCCUGCUGAUGCAAUAUUUCUCAACUGGUCUCCUCUUGAGGAUGAUGCAACCCUGUACUCAUUUGAAUUUUAUGGGCUUGGAAAUGGAACCCUAGACCUCUUGGUUCUUCAACCUGGGUGUGCAACAGAAAGCUACUGCUCAUCAAGUGAUGUUUGCAGAACAAGCUGUGGAGCUAUGAAUGGAAAUCUAAUAGUUCCCUGUGAUGUCAACCCUGCAACUGCCAUUUGCAGCUUAGAAAGACAAUGUGAGGUCUCAGGAACACCAGUGUGUACCUCUGGACAGAAAACCCAGUACACCAUUGUGAACAGAUUCACUGUAAGUGUUCUUGAGGAUGGCCAUGUGUUUUACCCAUUGGAUCCACCAUUGCCGGUCAAAAAGGGUUUCAUAGUGGGUUUUGAUCCCAGUAGAGGAGCCAGGAUUGCUUGGAGAUCUGUGGCACCAGGAGAGAGUCCUGAUGCUGGAGGGGUUUCAUUGACUGAAACCUUCACAGCUUCAGACUAUGGUGCAACAAAUGGUCGCCACUACAUCAGGGCCAAUCUGAGGAAUCCAUUCAUUUACACAGUGCCUUUAGUCUACCCUGGACCAAUGCUCAACCCAACCACUCAUGGGUACCAAUUCAAAGUACAACUAACAAGCAACCAAGCUGGAGUAAAUUCAAGCAGUGGGAAUGGGUCAUACAUCAAUGUGCAGAUUCCUAUUACUGGAUUCAACAUGUCUAUCCAACCUUUGCAUGUUGUGGUAGGAACUGCUGCAAACUUGUCAUACUUCAUGACUACUGGGUCCAAUGUCAGUGUGACAUAUGAUUGGGGUGAUAGCUCUUUGCAAAGCCAAAUCAUCAACAAUUGCACCAACUCAAGUUUCUCAAGGAACCACACCUAUGUCAAUGAAGGAAUCUACCAAAUCAGAAUCACAGUGAAGAAUGAAUGGGGCACAUUCACAUGGAACCAUACAUUACAUGCCCAGUAUCCAGUUACAACUGCCUGGAAGCUGAUGGAUGAUGCACCAGUGCUUCUGCCACCUGGAGAUGUUGUGUUUCAGACAUUGUAUCCCAUUGGCAUGAGGCUGCCAACAGAUGCCACUGCGUUGUUGGAGUAUGGGGAUGGACAGUCAAUACAGUUCCCCAUAGAUGAGGGAUUUGGACAAGGGUUCAACUUUACUUCAAACAGAACCUAUGAGAAGAGGGGAACUUAUUAUGUCCAAAUCAAGAUUCACAAUCUGGCCUCCAUGAUCAAUAUCACCAACAGGGUUCAGAUUUAUGAGAGAAUCAUAAAUCUUGGGUCAGUUGUUCAGUUCUUGCCAUUUCUUCCCAGAGCUUCUGAUAUCAAGGACUUCUGUGAUGAGAGGUAUGGAAAAAACUACACUUACAAGUGGGUGAGAUACAUAGACAUGAAGAUGGAGUUCACUCACACUUACUAUGAAAGAGGAUUUUUCAUGGUGGAAGCAAGAGCACACAAUGACUUGUCAAUGGACUACCAAGUGGUACAGUUUCCUAUCUCUGGAAUUCCUUGUGCCCCACCACAUCUUUGGAUCAGGUUCAAUGACACCAGGUUCUGGGCAGCACCCAAGUACAUUAAGGGAAGAACAACACAAUUGGUUGCCCUGGGAUUCUUGGACUGCAACAUUACUUUGGUCACCAAGAAGGCUUGGGAAAUAGUGAAGGUUGAACCAACAUUGGGUUUGCUCAGGGAAGUAAUUACAAACAUCUCUGCUUUACCUUCACACAACAAAUCCAUACUGGCCAUUCCUCCAGGAUACCUUGAUGUUGGGAUCUACAGAGCAAAAUACACCAUGACAAUUCUGGUCAAUGAGGAGAGUGAAUUGGACAAAAAAGCACCUUUUCAAAGAAGUGCUUACUCAUACUUGAUAAUCACUCCAACGUCAUUAGAAGCCUAUCUAACCAAAGGAGGAGAGACUCUAUACAGAAGGGGUGUGAACCAGUCAUUGGCUUUGUUGCCAACCUUGUGGUCUAUAGAUCCUGAUGACCCAGACAACAACCAGGACUUUGAGAUCAAAUGGUGGUGCAAAAGGCAAGGGGAAAACUUGACAGAAACAGGAAUGCCAUACUGGGCUGGCAAGUACAAUGACAGCUACAUAUCAGUACCACUGGACACCCAAAGGAAUAACUUGUAUUAUGAAACCAAUAAUACCUAUGGAAAUGAAACCAUCCAGGUAGAAUACCCAGACUUGGGAGGCUGCUUUGGAUGGGGACCAGGUCUGUUGAACAUAUCUGAUCAGUAUCUAGUACUCAACAUGUCACAGUUCAGGACCUGGCCUCAGACAUAUGAAAUCAUAGCAGAAGUGAAGAAGGGCAUGAGAAGGGACUACAAGGCUCUGCAGGUUGAAAUAGUUGAAGGAAAUCCUCCUCUCAUUGAGAUAGGGUGUCAAACCACUCAAAUGUGCUUGACUGAUGAAACGGGGAUGCGCUUCAACCCGAGCAUGCGAACAAGUCUGAUCGCCAUUUGCACCCAGAAUUGCAUGGAUGAAUCAUCACUAACCUGGAGCUGGACCAUUUCCAUCAAUGUACAGGGUGUCACGCAAACCCUGAAUGUCACUCAAUGGGCUGUUGGACACGACGAACAUCAGCUGGCCAUUUCAAAAGACCUCUACUCCAACUACAGCUUCGUCGACGAAUUCUUCGUCGACCUUCUCGUCACUACUCAGGACGGGGAAAUUGGACGAGCAGCGGUGAACUUGAGGAGAAACCUGGGCCCGGACGCGAUUUGCGGAAUUGAUCCACCGAAAAACAAGAUCCUGUCAUUCGACUCGUUUGGAAAUUCCAGUAAAUUCCUUUCUCGCACUCGUGGAAACAUGAUUCAGAAACGUGUUUUUUUUUCCGGAAUUUUUCUUCGCGUGAAAACAAAACAAAAAAAAGGUGGAAAUGAGCUGGGAAAAUCGCUUCUGGAAGACUUCGACUUUUAUUGCAACAACUUCACGGACCCCGAGGAUGAUGCACUCGGAAGAUAUGUUCUGAUUGCUCGUCCAAUGUCAGGGCUGAUGUACACAAAACAGUUGAGGUACGGCAAAGAAAGUGAGUCCAGAUUCGUGCUUCCGUUCGGCGAUUGGUCGCUUUCCGCUGAAGUCCACGACGCAUUUGGAGCUUUCACUGAAAUAUUCUUAGAAAAUGUCACGGUAUCGAAACCGUCGCCGGAUGAAUUCGAAACUUGGCUGGACUCGCAAGAAAUGACGAGGAACUUGGGAGAAGGAGACCAGAACCGGUUGAACCAAGUGGUUUUCGCCAUAAAGUUGCUGAAAGAAACUGGCUGGCCUGAACUGGAACCGCCUCCAACUACCACAACUCAGCCAUCCACAACCACCACAUUCACCACAACUGAGGCUCCUUCAACCACUGAUCCAUACUUCAACAACAGAGACUCCGCUGUUGAGGAAAUCAACUCAGUGGCUGCUGCAGCAAAAAAGCAAGAGUUUUAUUUGAAACAAAUGAGAUCCAUCAAUGCAGACAGUGUCUUGGAUUGUGUGCAGUUGUUUGACAGCUUAAGAAACAUGGUUGGCCAAGGACAAACCACUGACACCAAUGGGAGAGCUUUGGCAGCUGAGCUCCUCACAGGAGACUGUGUAACCAAGACUCUGACAAACAUUGAUUUGUCAGACUCAUCAGAAGUUGCAGGGAUGGUGGAGUCCAUGCUAUGUGCCAUGACAGCUCUUUUGAGGUCAACUGCUCAGCUGAUAAUGACUGACCAAGUGUUGCCAACUGAGCUCAAUUGGAAUGGAAUGAAUGCUUCACAAUUUGCAAUGGCAAAGUUGGACUUGGAAAGAAGGAUGGGGAUGACAACCACCGUAACUCCUUUGCCUGGUUCAGAUCCCUCAGUCAGUACCACCACAACCUUGAGUCCUGAUGAUCUGCUGUUGGAGGAGAUGAUUGCAUAUGAGCAAUCAGUUCUUGAGACUCAAAAGGCCAAAGCAAAGAAUGACACUGAUGCAAUUGUGCAAGCAGUGGAAUCCAUGCAACAGAAAAUAACUUCAAUCCUCCUGGCAGCUGAAACACCUGUGAGAGUCAUUGGUAGUUGUGGCACUGACAUGGAACUUGUGGUGAACAUGAUGGUCAGGGUGAUUAAGAGGAUCAAGGAAGCAUACAACUACACAGUGGACAUUCCUAAUGUGUACUUGGAAGUUGUCAACUCAUCCUAUACCCAAAACUACACCAACUACACAACUGAAACCCGAUCUGACUACAGAUUUUCUACAGAAAUUGUAGAUGUUGUGGAUAUAGAGCAAGACAUUGUCAUAAGCAUCCCUAUUGGAAGCAGGGAUGAAAAUGGAACCUUGACUGAGUCCGCGACUAUGCCUGAAAUGAGCUUCUUCCCAACACCGGUUGCUAGACGAGGCCACCACAUGGUCUACUUCCAGUUCAACAUUUCCAACCCGUAUUCUGGCAUGAGCGCUCAGAUCGCCACAGCGAAUGUUUCCACAAAACUUGCAGUUUUUAUUGGCAGAUACAAGCAGCCAAAUGCCUUCACUGGAGAAUACGACUUUGUUUAUGACCUGAGGAAACUGAGGCAUUACAACUAUACGGACAAAAGACUGCAACCAUGGGACCCUUACAACAAUGACACCAAGGAGUAUCAAUUCCCCAUCUACAAUGUGUUUGUGAACGACAUCUAUGUGGCAAAUUGGACUGGGACCUACUGGGUGGGGCUGUUGCAGUUUGUAGAUGGCGCUGAAACAGAAGCUUACUUCCAGAGUCCCAAGGCAAAUAACCUGACAUGGAACAAUAUUCUGGAUGCCAAUACAACACAUACAGUCUGUGGAUGCAAUCAUCUGACCAACUUUGGCUCAGGGUUCUUUGUCAUGCCGAACACUAUUGACUUUGACUAUGUGUUUGCUAAUGCAGGAUUUUUGGACAACUUGACCAUCUACUGCACCUUGAUAGUGGUGACAAGUUUGUACAUCUUCUUGGUAGUCUGGGCAAGAAAGAAGGACAAGAAGGAUGUGGAACAGCUUGGUGUCAUUCCUCUCCCAGACAACAAACCUGAAGACAAGUAUUUGUAUGAAAUCUUGGUGAUGACUGGUCAAGGAGCAGAAUGUGCAACUCAUUCUCAAGUAUCAUUCAUACUGAGUGGAGAGUAUGAUGAAACUGAUGUCAGAACCUUUGGUGACCAAACGUACUUGAAGAGACAGGUGUUCCAGUCUGGCCAAUUUGACAACUUUGUGAUGGCAACUGGGAGACCAAUGGGGCCAUUGAACUACUUGAGGAUUUGGCAUGACAACACUGGCAAGGGCCAGCUAGCUUCUUGGUACUUGAAUUUCAUUGUCAUCAGGGAUCUACAAACUGGAGAAAAGUACCAAUUCAUUGCAAAUGAAUGGUUUGCUGUGGAGAAGGGUGAUGGCCUGAUUGACAGAUUGCUCCCAGUAGCAGGAAAAGAACAAAUGAGUCAAUUUGCACACUUGUUCCAAUCAACAUCCAAGAAGAAUCUGCAAGAUGGCCACUUGUGGUUCUCCAUUUUCAUGCGCCCACCAAGAAGCAGGUUUACUAGAGUGCAAAGAGUGUCCAGCUGUGUUGCUUUGCUCUACUUAUCCAUGCUUGUGAAUGCAAUGUGGUACCAAAGAACUGCUGAUGACACUGCAAGUGGAAUGAAGUUUGGCCCUUUCAGUAUCAGCCCUGAACAGAUUGGUGUGGGAGUCAUGUCCAAUCUCAUAGUAUUUCCUCCAUCAUUCCUCAUCAUCUACCUCUUCAGGAAUUCAAGAAGAAGAGUGUUGAGGGACUCCAGGAUAGAAAAGGCCAUAGGGGAACAAAGGAGGAAACAACUUGAUGAGCGUAAAAAUAACCCCUUUGCUGACAGAAAAAGAUUGGAACAAGAGGAUCAGCUUUUGCAAGAUGCCUCAACUAGUUCUGCAGCAAGUGAGAUUAGAUAUGUGGAUGCCUCAGGUAAUGUCAUGGUGAAAAAGCGAAUGGAAAGGAAAAAGAAAUUCCUACUGCCAUGA